AUGUGGUCACUCAGCCCUACGGCCCCCAAUCCAGAGUCUCUACGUGUGGACUCAGACUCUCUACCGCUGGCUGUGGCUCAUCGCGGACAUAGGGAUACUGUAAGCACCGUACACAGAAGAGGAAGAGACGAAGAGAGCGUCCGGAUCCUGUUGGAUGAUCACAUCCACACUGUCACCAUCUUAGUGCAGAGACUCAGCAGAGACAUUGAGGCCCUGCAGGACCAGUUGAGGAAUCAUGAUGAUGUGGAUGCCAGGACUUGGUCUGCAGUACGCAGCAUGGAGUUGCGACAACUCUCUGCUCUCUCUGACCUCAGAGGCAGAGUGGGAAGGUGCGAUAACAACAUCGCCCGACUGGGAGCAGAAAUUCGCUCCACCAAUGAGAACCUCCACAGACUGAGCAAAGAGAACCAUGCAUCUAAAACAGUCAUGGAGUCUAAGCUGAAAGAGAUGGAAAUUCAGGUAUGUUUGAUAUGCAGCCAAGCAGAACAGAAUAAGAGCAAAAACACCCCAGACAGUCAGACGGACACAAAACUGAAAGAAUUGUCAGACGAAUUGAAAACACAGAUAACAGCUAUUCAAAAUUGGCUUCGAAAAGAACAGGACAGCACACUCAAAGAAGUAGUCGACAAGUUUGAGAGACUUUGUCAUCUCAUCAAAGACAAAACAGACAGCAAUGAAAAAGUUACACUGGCUAAGUAUACCCAGCUUUUGGAGAAACUGGACAACCUGGAGGAGGCGCAAAGAGCAAACACGCUUCCUAAUCAGACCCAAAACCUGGAGGACAUGAUUGACAGCCGAGUCACCAAGAUUCAGAAGCAGCUGUGGGAGGAGAUGCAGGAGAUGAGAGAAGAAACAAACCGUGGCUUUACGGUUAUCCAUGAGAGCCUGGGCACCCUGAGGCAGGUUCUGGAGGCCAGAAUGAAGCUGGAGAGAGAGCAGCUCCAGAGACAGAUCAGACUGGCCUGCAGGAGAGGCAGUGGGCUUAGGAGGAAGGAGAGCCCUUGGUGA